AUGGUAAUACGUUUUAUAUCUCAAAUUGAAGAUUCACAAAUUGACUGGGAUUAUAGUUCAGAAUUAUUGACAUUUUAUCUUUUAAUAUACAUUUUUAUCGGAUUGCACAAUAUAUCAAUGGGACAAUUAUCAGAAUUAUUAACAGAAACACCAAAUAUUUCAUCGUUAACAGUUCAAUCUUCAAAUUGUUUUAUAUCGGGUGUCCCAGAAGAUUUAAAUAAACAGAAUUCUUCAUCUAAAAAUAAUUCAGAAUUUGAAUUGAAACAAACACCGGUACAUAAAAAUCGUGACGAUUAUGUUCACGAUAAUUUAUCGAAAAAUCAUCGACCAUCAUUAUCAUUAUCGAAUACUCCAUCGUUACAUACGAAUAAAUCUAUGUCAGUUUUAGAAGCUGAAACAAUGGCAUCAAUAAAAACAUCAGAAAAACGUUUAAAUAAAAUGAGUCUUUCAAUUUUAUCCGGUUUUAUCAAUUUUUUAUUGCCACUAGCAUUACUUACUGGAGCUAUAUUUCGAUUUAGCAUCGUAUCUGUCUUAUAUGGUUUUCUUCUACUCGUCUUGCCAUGGUUAGGACCGUUAACGGAAUCGACAAUAAGAGUUCGUUAUCGUUUAUUUAUAAUUAUUAUUUUCUUAGUUAGUUUAUUAAUGAUAAUUGCUCAAAUAUCAUUUCAGUCCGUAUUAUUAGCCAACAAACCAUAUGGACACACAUUGAAAACUUGCUCAGAGAUAGUGCAAAUUUUACGUUUAUUUGGUCUAGAACGAUUGGACAAUUCAAAUGCUAUUCGUAUUCUAAGACUUAUAUUUCCUGAUAUAAUUAUAUUUGCUAUUUCGAUCGUUUGUUUGACUAUAAGUCGUCGUAUACUAAUAUCUGCUCAACGUAAUCGUACAACAACAAAUGAAACGUUACUUCUUUCUUCUACGACAACCGCCACUUCAUCAACAUCUACUACAACAUCUUCAAAACAAAAACAGUCACUAGGAACAAAAUGGCCACGUUUAUUAUCAGUUUUACAGCGUAUACGUUUAUUCAUACAAUUUAUUCUUGUUGGUUUUGCUGCUAUUAUUUAUCCAUCAAUAUUUAAUUCAGUGUAUUUUCUAUUUUUUCUUUCACUUGCUACAUUAUGGGCUUGUUCAAUUAAAUUUGGAAGAAAAUAUGCAAUUUUUAGAGGUUUAUUAUUAAUAUAUGCCGGUGUACAUUUAUUAGUCUAUUAUCUUUAUCAAUUCGGAUUUUUUCAAGAAAUUUUUCCACAAAAGACAUUAUGGACAAAUAUAACGGGUUUUACGGCAUUAGUCACAAGCAAUUGUUCAACUAAUGAACCUCAUUUACAAUAUGAUCUACCAUGGUCCGAUUAUGUUAACCCUGCUGUUGUACUAUUACUCUACUUUUAUUACGCAUUUGAGACGUCAAGAACAAUUUUUAAACGGCGUUUAGUCAUUAGUGAAUAUCAUUCACAUUCUCCGGAUUUCGAAGAACAACGAAGAAGUCCAAUAGCAACAGAAGCCGUAGUUGUUGAUAAUAGUCCUUCUAAUGACGCACCACCGUUGCAACAUCAUCGCCUAUCUCGAACAUGGAGUGCCGAACAUCAUGAUGAUCAAACAUGGCAAGGGCGAAUGAUCUAUAUCAUUAUAUCCAUUUUACGUGUACUCGAAAAACAAAGUUAUUUAUUAUCAUUAAUAGCCAUGCUGGCGUGGAGUAUAACCUAUCAUAGUCUAUUAACAUUAGUAUUUUUAUUAUGGGCAUGUUUCAUUUGGAUAUUACCUCGAUCACGCGUAUGGUGUUUACGAUUAUCACCAUUUUUUACAUUCUAUGGUACUGGAUUAUUAAUUUUACAAUAUUUAUCCGGUUUCAAAAUAAGUUAUCAACAAUUAAACUUUGGUCUUAAUCAAUCAUUCAUGGAACAAAUUGGCAUUCGAAUAAAUGAGUUUCAACCAGCAUUUAUUCCAUUACUUGUCAAAUCGUUUUACAUGGUAUUUUUUUGGUUAACAUUACGACAAUUCAUAUCAGAAAUUAGAAAUUCAAGAACAUUAUCAGAACACGAUACUGGUCAAGGACAAAUUCGUUUAUCAAGCGAAUCAAGUACACGUUCUUAUCCCCGACGACUAGGACGUUGGAUUGUCAAUAUAAUGACAAAAUAUUGGAUAUUUAUCUCGUGUGGCAUGCUGUUAUUAAUGAGUAUUCAACAGACGGUUGUUGCCUACAGAAUUAUUUAUAUGAUGUUCUAUCUAUUUUUCAUAUUAUCUUUCCAAAUUUCUUUUGGUUUUUGGCGGCGUACAACGGCUGUUUUUCAUCUUGUCAUUAUCGUGUAUUCAAUGAUAGUUUUAAUCGUUAUUUAUAUUUAUCAGUUCAAAGCAGUUUAUGAUUGGUUACAGAAUCGAAUAGAUAAAGUGUGGUUGUUAUCGGUGGGUUUAGAAGAUUUAGGCACAGAUGCAUUAGCUGUUAAAUUAUUAACGCCAAGCACAUUUCUUGUUGUGAAUAUUUUACAAUUAUAUUACUUCCAUUCGGGUUGGAUGGCCAUGAUUACAAUAAAAAGUGAUAAAAAUAUUCAAGGUCCAGCAACAGCCACAUUACAAGAUAUUCAUAAAUAUGCUAAAGAAAAUGUUAAAAAUAGUGAAUAUCGUCAAUCAGAAUCAAUAUUAAAAACAAAAGCAACAAAUUGGCAAGAAAGUCUAUAUAAAUUAUAUUUUCGUUUAAAUCGUAUUUAUAAAAAAGUAACAUAUUAUGCGUGGAGAUUUGCUGAAAUACAUAUGUACAAAUUCGUUUUAUUCGCUAUGAUUCUCGUUGCUACAUUAAACGUAUCAGCAUUUAAUGUUGUUUUGAUCAUAUUGGCAACAAUUGGCUUAGCUCUUUUUCGUUUACGACCAUUAAUCAAUUUAUUAACAUUAAUUGCCACUGGUUUAUACAUUGUUGUAUCAAUGGGUUAUCAAUUAGAAGUAGUAAAACAAGAAUUUAUUCAAAAAGAUGUUUUUAUUCACAAUUGUACACCUUCAUUUUUGAAUAUAACUGACAAUGGAUAUUUGCCCAAUGAUACAGCAAAAUGGUUUGGCUUUGAACUGACACCACGUAUUGACCGAUAUAUCGGACUUUAUAUAUUUUUAACAUUAGUAUUGACAUUUGAUGCCAUAUCACGAUAUCGUCAACGUCAUCGUCGAAUGGAAUUAUCUCACAAAUUUAAUGUACAUUUGAUUGAAAAUAAAUAUUCCAUUUUAUUUGAACCGUUUUGUUUAAAAAAUACGGAAGAUGACUCAUAUGAAUAUGAUAUUGUUGAUUAUAAACGAGCUGACGACGGAAUUGUACCAUUUUUAAAAUAUUUUUCAAAUUUUCUUUUCUAUCGUUUUGGAAUAGAGAUUUGUAAUGUAAUGACUGUUAUUGUAAUUGCUGUUAGACUAGAUGUAAUGGCUGUUUUGUAUGCCAUAUGGCUGGGUUUAUUUCUGAUGUCAAAACGACGAGCUCUCAUAAAAAUAUGGCCAAUCUAUUUAUUAUUUUUACUCAUUGUAUUUCCAGUGCAAUAUAUGAUUGUCGUUGGUCCACCACCAUUUCUUUGUUUUCGAUAUUGGUGGUCACAUGUAUCAUUUGAUGGGUGGCCACAAUUAAAACGUUGGCUCUAUUUGCCAGACUAUGUUAAUCCUCCAAGUGCUCAACAGCUAAUUGCCGAUUUUUUUCAAUUAUUAUGUGCUAGUCAACAGUGGCGUGUAUUUGUCCAUGAAAAUAAUGAAAAAGAUAGUGUGUUCACAGAUGCAGGUGGUUCAAAUCGUGAGAUUAUCUAUGAUAAAGAUUUAUACGUAGAUAAUCCAGCAUGGGACUAUGUGAUGAAAAAACGACACUGGCUUGAUCAACUUAAAUAUAUCGUAUUCAUGUACGGAUGUUGGACAGUGUUGGCUAUUGCUUAUUUGGCUGGAACAACACGUAUUAGUCUAUUAGGUUUAGGUUAUUUAAUCUCAUGUUUCUAUUUUCUAUGGUAUGGACAAGAAUUUUUAACAAAACCAAUUCUCAAACUAAUAAAAAUGUGGAACUAUUUAAUCUAUUAUUGUUUUGCUGUUAUUUUUGUCAAAGCCUGUCUGCAGGUCGUAGCGUGUGUCGGUUUUGUUAGCACACAAUGUUGGGUUAUACAAAUAUUUGCCAUAACAUGUUUAAAAUCAGGCGCACAGUUGUUCAAUGAUUAUUCCGAACUAGGUUUAUUAUUCGUGGUCGUUUGUAUAUUUUUGUACAAAUCAAUUGCUUGUGGUGCUAUAGAAUCUGCUUUUUUUUGUGCAUUUAUCGAUCUAUUUGUUCCUUGUUUAAAACAAGAAUAUAUACCACAAAACAAUAAUUGUAAUACUGAUAUUAAUCAGCCGUGUGAUCGAAGUGCUGGUGAUGCAAGUUUAUUCAUGGAUGGAUUUUGUUUAAUAUUUCUUCUGUUACAAAAACGGAUAUUUAGUAGUUAUUAUUGGGAACAUAUCGUUACCGAAUUACGUUCACAAGCAAAAUUAGCUAGUCAAGGAGCUGUUCUAUUUAAUAUGAUAACUAAAAAACGUAUAGACGAAGAUAUUGAACGUGAAAAUGAAACGGUACGAAAAAUAAAAUGUAGUCUCGAACGUAUCAAAGCACAACAACAAAAAUUAAAUCAAACCGGUGGACUACCGGACGAAUCAUCCGAACAUUAUGAAGCAAUUCGUUCGGGUGAUUAUUACAUGUUUGACUAUGAAUCGGAUGAAAUCGUAGAUGAAAGUAAAAAGGAUGAUGCUACAGCUGCUCAAGAACAAAUUUUAGAAGUAUUAACGUCGGAUAAUGAUACUGACUUGCAAACAACAUCCUUAGAAGAUAAUUUACAACCUAAUCAAACGCUCACGACAUCGUCUAUUGAGGAAGGAGAAGUACCAAUGCCGAUACAACGAAAAAAAUCAAGAGGUUCUGUAAUGAAACCGAUAUUUAAAAAAAUUAAAAGUAUAACGAAAAUAAUCGUCGAUUACUGGAUUAAUUUAUUUAAUCAUUAUUCACAAGAUUAUCGUCAAGUAUCUCGAAAAUUAGCUGAAAUGAAAUCAAGAGAUAAAGUGGUUCGACAGAGUAUCAUUGAACAAGAUAAACAACAAUCUCGAAUAACAACUUCAGAAGGAGCUCCAGUUAUUGAUUUGGAUCCUCUUGCUGGUGGUGAUAAUAAUUUGAUUGUUCAACCAAAAGUUCAAACAACGGUCCAAGUUGAAAAUGAUGAUGUACUGGCAAAUCGUUCUCGAUUCUAUCGUUUAUUAGAUUCUAUAUUUUACAUGUUAAUGUCUCGUUCUGAAUUAUUAUGUUAUUCAUUUAUGGUCAUAAAUCAUUUAACAUCUGGUGCUUUAUUAUCAAUGCCCUUACCAUUGUCUAUUUUUCUAUGGGCAAUGCUUUCAUCACGUCCAUCUCGAAAUUAUUGGAUUACAGUUUUGACUUAUACUGAAGCAAUGAUUGUUAUUAAAUAUAUAUUUCAAUUUCGAUUUUAUCCAUGGAAUGUCAAAGGUUUUGAAGAACAACGGCCACUAGCUCCUGUGAAUAUUAUUGGCAUUGAUCGAAAAGGAGAUGCGGCAUCUGUUGCUGAUUUAUUUCUGUUAUUAUCGUUGUUUUUACAUCGAUCAAUAUUGAAGCAAAUGGGUUUAUGGAAAGCCGAUCAUCAACUGCCAGAAUUACCGACAACAGCACCGGUGAAAACUGUACAAACAAUUUCAAAUAGUUCCGAAGAUAUUGCUCAAACUGAGCCAGUAGUCAAAUAUGAGCAAAGAGUGAAAAAACGAAUGAGAAAAUAUGUUCAUAGGUUAAAGCAAACCUAUUUUAUGAAGCCGAUUAUAACGUUUUAUCGUCGUUUAAAACAAACAUUAUUUGUACGAGAUGUUUAUGCACCAAUGUUCUUUUGUGAUUUUUUGAAUAUGCUUGUAAUCAUUAUUUGGUAUAGUCAAUUCGGAGAACGUGCUGGCGGUAAUGUUGUUCAAACAAUUAAAGAAAAUAAAGUUCCUGUUGCUUUUCUGGCCAUAUUAUUAAUUCAAUUUAUUUUAAUUAUUAUUGAUCGUGCUCUCUAUAUUAGACGUAAUGUUCGAGGAAAAUUCAUUUUUCAAAUUCUUCAAAUUAUUGGUGUACAUGCAUGGCUAUUUUUUAUAUUACCGGGCAUAACAAGAGUUAAAUUUCGUAAUAAUGGUGCCGCACAGUUAUGGUAUUUAUUAAAAUGUAUUUAUUUUGGCUAUUCGUCUAUACAAGUACGAUGUGGUUAUCCAAAACGAAUUGCUGGAAAUUUUCUAAUGAAACGUUUUAAUUAUAUUAAUCAAAUAUUGUAUAGAGGAUAUUUACUUGUACCAUUUUUACUUGAAUUACGAACAAUUAUGGAUUGGAUGUUUACAGAUACAUCACUAGGUUUAUCAAGUUGGCUACAAUUAGAAGAUAUCUAUUCAAAUAUGUAUCUCUUAAAAUGUGCAAGAUGGGCAGAAACGAAAUAUCCGACACCUCGUGGUCAAACUCGCCCAAAAUUAACAAAGUAUGGUGUUGGUGGUUCUCUGUUGGCUCUGUUAAUCUUGCUCAUUUGGUUUCCGCUGUUAUUCUUCUCUUUUACAUCGUCAUUUUAUCAGAAAAAUCCACCGGUUGAAGUGACAGUUGAAAUUAAAUUAGGAGGAUAUUUGCCAAUUUAUCGUAUGACAGCUCAAAAUGGUGACAUAUCUCCAUUUAUAGCAGCGGAUUACAAUGAAUUAAGAACGAAAAUUGGACAACCUGCCAAUACUGAAGAUGCUGCCGCAUUUAUUCGCGAUUUCAAUUCUGAUGAUAUAACAUGUGUUAAUAUGUUGGCUAAAUCAACAGAAAUAUGGCAAAUAAGUCAACCGAUACGAGAUAUUUUAAUCACUGAUUUAAGUCAAAAUAAAUCUAUACCAGUGCGAUUUUCAUACACAAUUGUUCGAGCGCCUCCAGGACAAGAUGAUGCCGAAGAUAUAACAGCAGAAGUAGCAAAUGAACAUACUAUCUAUAUUCUACCAGAAAAUGAAGGAUUAAGACAAUCAUUAAUCGAUAUAUUAAAUGGAACAAUAGAGACAAGAACGUCCAUAAAUAUAACAAUUUUAAGAUUAAUGCCUCGUUUUAUCCAUGUCAAACCAAAAGCAAAACCGGAAGAAAUUGAAUCAUUUAGGAAAGUUUUUCCUUAUAAUUAUUAUGCAAAUAUAACAAUGGGUCUGAAAGCAACGCCAAAUAGUACUGAUGUAUGGUGGGAAAUGCAUGAAAAUCCAGAUGAUAAGACUCCGCAACAAUUUAAUCCUUCAUGUAUAGCAACAAAUCGAGCCGAUUAUUUAACGUUGAUUAUGUUUAAUGAUAAAAUUUCACCAGCUAAUAUAUCAUUUUUAACACGAUACGGAAUCGUUGGCAUUUACACAACAAUUGUAUUGGCAUUAGCUCAGUUUAUUCGUGGUUCAUUAUUUAGCGGUCCAAAUAGUAUUAUGUUCGAAGAAUUACCGCAAGUUGAUGCUCUGUGGAAUUUUAUUAGUGAUAUUUAUUUGCUUAGAACGGUUGAUGAAUAUAUGAUUGAAACCGAAUAUUUUGAACGAUUAAUUUACAUUUACAGAGAUCCACAAGUAUUACUUUAUUGGACAAAAGAAAAAAAACAGAUAAUUGGUAUUUAUACAACGUUUGUAUUAGUUGUUGCUCGAUUAUUGCGUACAAUUUUACAAACAUCGCAGACAAUAAUGUUUAAUGAAUUACCUUAUGUUGAUCGAAUAUGGCAUCUACUAUCAGAUAUUUAUCUUGUACGAGAACAUUUAUAUUUAUUUAUUGAAGAACAAUUAUUUGCGAAACUUUUAUUUUUAUAUCGUUCACCGGAAACACUGAUUAAAUAUACUAAACUAAAAUAUGAGUGA